CGGAGGUUUCAGUUGAUGAGAUUCUCUGUAGAGGAAAUCAAUAACUCAACAAACCUACUACCAAACAUAUCCCUUGGCUUUGAGAUAUUUGAUCACUGCUCCGAUACACAGAAUUAUCCAGGAAUUUUCAACCUCAUUUCAGUCAAUGGAUUGAUCCAACCAUGGAAUGAGCCACAAAAGCAACAAACAAAUAAUACUGAUGUGUCCAAAGUGAUUGCAGUGGUCGGUCCUUUUACAAGCACUCAGGCCCUGACUAUUGCCCCACUAUUCAUGACGGAUCUCAUUCCAAUGGUCAGUUAUGGAUCUUCUAGUUCUUUCUUUUCACAAAAAGCUAAAUUCCCCUCUUUCCUACGAACAGUGCAUCCCAAUAAAGAUGUCAUAGAAGUGAUUGUUAGUAUGGUGCUGCACUUCCACUGGCGCUGGGUGGCUUUUCUUCACAGUGACAAUGAUUUUGGCAAUGAUGGACUGGAAAUGUUCACCAGAAGGAUCAAGGAUACAGAGAUCUGUCUGCCGUAUACCACAGGUCUCGGCUACAGUACAAAUUACCCCCAGAUAUUCAAACACAUAGAGGCACUGAGGAUCAACGUCAUCAUUGUUUUUGCUCCUAAAAUUAAUGCCGAAGCUCUCAUAAUGUCAGCGAUACAAUUAAAUGUGACACAAAAAGUGUGGAUAGCAGACGAUGGGUGGUCCUUAAACAAGAGGCUCCCCAAGGAGAAAGGAAUAGAAAAUAUUGGAACUGUACUUGGAGUGUCUCAACCAGUAGUAUCAAUACCUGGAUUCAGUGAUUUUAUCUAUUCUGCAAGAAGCCAGACUCUCUGUAAAAAUACAUUUUGUAAUCAGUUUUUCAACUGUAGUAUUCUUAGUGCAGAAGAAAUCCUUGCUGGUGACCCGUCCUUCUCCUUUUCUGUGUAUUCUGCUGUACAUGCAAUUGCUCAUGCCUUACAUAAUACCUUGCAAUGUGGAGCUGACCACUGUAAUAGAAACAUUACAGUAUACCCUUAUAUGGUUCUGGCAGAGAUGAAGAAGUCAAACUUCACACUCUUAAACCAAAGUAUUAAGUUUGAUGAGAAUGGGGACCCGAAGUAUGGACCCUUUUCUAUAGUUUUUUGGAAUAACAGUGGUGAUGCAGAGGAAAUCGGUUUUUAUCAUUUUCACCCAUCUGUGAAUUUCUUCAUUAACAACACCAAAAUUAAGUGGGGCAAAAAUGGAGAGGUGCCUUCUUCAUUCUGCACCCCAGAGUGUCCUAAAGGUCAUGCAAGAAAACAAAAUGGAAUCCACAAAUGUUGCUUCACUUGUGAAAUCUGUCCAAAUGGAACUUUCAUAAACACCACAGAUCCCUAUAAGUGCAUCAACUGUAAAGACACAGAAUGGUCUACAGAAGGAAGUACAUCAUGCAAUCUGCGGUCGGUGGAGUACAUUCCAUUCACAGACAUCGGUGCUAUACUGAUCAUAGCCGGAUCCUGGGCCUUGGUGGUUCUUUCAAUUGUCAUGUCUGUUCUCUUUGCCAUCAACUACAACACCCCUGUAGUCAGAUCUGCUGGUGGACCAAUGUGCUUCCUCAUUUUAGGCUGCCUCAGUCUGUGUAGUCUAAGUGUGUUAUUUUACUUUGGCAAGCCAACAACUUCCUCUUGUAUUAUAAGGUCUUUGCCAUUUAUUUUGUUCUACACGGUUUGUUUGGCAUGUUUCGUUGUGCGCUCCUUUCAAAUUGUUUGCAUUUUCAAAAUGGCUGCCAAGUUCCCAAAGCUCUACAAUUGGUGGAUGAAAUAUCAAGGACAAUGGCUGAUUAUCACAGUGGCUUUUGUUAUGCAGGCAUUCUUACUUGGCAUUGCCCAUUUGUCUGCCACCCCAAAGCCCUGUAAUGAAACAGUUUGGUCCCCAGAAGAAAUUAUACUUAGUUGUUACACUAAAUUUGAAGCAUUCUCUGGUUCUGCAAUUGUACUUGUAUUUUUGUGCUUUCUUUGCUUCAUUUUCUCCUACAUGGGAAAAAACCUCCCAAAAAACUACAAUGAGGCCAAAGCGAUAACCUUCUGUCUGCUCCUGUUAAUCCUCACCUGGAUUAUUUUUGCUACUGUACAAGUGCUUUACAAAGGAAAGUACAUCCAAACUCUUAACGCCCUGGCAGUACUCUCUAGUCUCUAUUCCUUUCUGUUGUGGUAUUUCUUCCCUAAAUGUUACAUCAUCAUGUUUCAACCCCACAAAAACACACAGCAGUACUUCCAAGGUCUCAUUCAAAAUUACACCAAAACAAUUAGCCAGUAGCCGCCAACAGUUAAUAUGUUUCUACAGGCAGAUAAUCUGAUAUUAUUAAAGGCUUUUGAUAACUUUCUAAUUUGUCAUUUUACAGUAGAAAAGUAAGCAGUAAGUAGUCUGAAUAUUUAUCUUUCUGAGUUGUAAAUUCAUCUGAACUAAUGUACAAACACAAACACAAGCCCAUAUUUGUUUUUAAUCUUGACAUCAGUAAGAUUCAAUGUGCACCGUACAUAAAACAGAAAUAUUAUCUUAUCAGUUAUGUAUUAUUUACUCUGUCGAUACAAAUGUAAAAGUCCCAAAGUCAAUUCUACAACAUUUAUCAAACUUGUAAUCUUGGUAAUAAAUAAAUGCUACUGUGCACAAUUGUAUGAUUUGUGUGUAUACCUUUUUGGAUACAUUAGGUCUGAGCAAUAUAUGGUCUGCCAUUUUGACCAGAAUUUUGACACAAUAAGUUAAACUGGCUUUAUUGCUUUCUAUCAUAACACAUUUUUGGUGCUAUCAUGUCAUACAACUGAACAGGUUCACCCAUUAGUUUGUCUGAUCUCUUUAUACAUUAUCAUCCAUGCUAAGGAUGCCUCCAUUCUCAGAAUACAGGUCUGUCUGGAUAGUUCAGAGUAUUCCAUUCUGUUCUUUAAAAUAUAAAUUAAAACUGUAGUUAGUGAUUAUCAUUACACUUCUAUAUGCCUUGUUUCCAUUAUAACUCUGUUGGGUUGGUUUCAGACUUGAUUACUUAAGACCUUCUGAAAACCACUGCAACCUUUUUUCUUGUUGUUUGAAAGUUUUUUUCCCCUUUUACUCAAGUUGUCCACUGUGCAGGAGAAAAGCAUGAUAUACUUUAGUUAUUCAGUCAUUUUUUUAU